ACGCUUUCAACCCCAAAACUAUACUAUAAAAAUAUAUCAGAAUUACUACUCUCUCUCUCUCUCUCUUCAUUGCCCAAUUUUUAGGUUCUUAUCAGUUUUCAGAGUUUCUGACCGUGGUGGUGGUGACGAUGAUGGUUGCAAGAUCAAAAACGAACGGUUCUGAUUCCCAGAUUCCCGCUCCCACAGGCGUUCCCAGUGCCCGAGAUGCAGCAGAUCAAGUCGUCGGUCACAGCGUACCAGAACAAGGUCCGAACCAAAAUAGCGACGCCGAUGGCAACAACCAGAAAUCGGGGAACGCAGUUGAUAGGCAAACUUCCAUUGCAAUGGGAGAAUACAAUGCUGCAUCAUAUGUGGGGAUUCCUGAAGUACCUUCUUCUAGGAUAGUUAAUUCCAGGAAAGUCUCGGUUUUGCCCCUUGUUUUUCUCAUCUUCUAUGAGGUAUCAGGGGGACCAUUUGGGGUUGAGGAUAGUGUGCAAGCUGCUGGACCCCUUCUAGCCCUUUUAGGGUUCUUGGUAUUUCCAUUGAUAUGGAGUGUACCUGAAGCCCUAAUAACUGCUGAAAUGGGUACCAUGUUCCCAGAGGAUGGUGGUUAUGUGGUUUGGGUUUCAUCCGCAUUGGGUGACUAUUGGGGAUUUCAACAAGGUUGGAUGAAAUGGCUGAGCGGUGUCAUUGAUAAUGCUCUCUACCCGGUCAUGUUUCUUGACUACAUAAAAUCUGCAAUCCCAGAAUUAGCUGGUGGUUGUCCAAGGGUUUUAGCGACGUUGGGUUUGACUUUUCUCCUCACUUACAUGAAUUAUAGGGGUUUAACCGUUGUGGGUUGGGGGGCUGUUCUGUUGGGGGUUCUUUCGCUCUUUCCAUUCGUAGUUAUGGGAUUUAUUUCAAUCCCAAAAUUAAGGCCUUCAAGAUGGUUAGUGGUAGAUUUACACACUGUCGAUUGGAAUUUGUUUCUAAACACACUAUUUUGGAAUUUGAAUUAUUGGGAUUCAGUAAGUACACUUUCUGGAGAGGUGCAUAAUCCGAAGAAAACUCUACCAAAGGCUCUUUUUUUUGCUUUGAUCCUAGUUGUUUCUGGGUAUAUUUUUCCCCUACUAAUUGGUACCGGUUCUAUACCACUCAACCGUGACUUGUGGACUGAUGGGUAUUUCUCUGAUAUUGCUAAGAUGGUGGGUGGAGUAUGGUUGAGAUUUUGGAUUCAAGGAGCUGCUGCAAUGUCAAAUAUGGGGAUGUUUGUGACUGAGAUGAGCAGCGAUUCUUUUCAACUUCUUGGUAUGGCAGAGAGAGGGAUGCUUCCCAAGUUUUUCGCCAAGAGAUCUCGUUAUGGAACUCCUGUUGCAGGGAUCUUAUGUUCUGCUUCUGGAGUGAUUUUGCUUUCAUGGCUGAGCUUUCAAGAGAUAAUCGAAGCAGAAAACUAUUUGUAUUGUUUUGGAAUGGUUUUGGAGUUCAUAUCAUUUAUAAGGUUAAGAAUGAAAUACCCAGCUGCAUCUCGGCCUUACAAGAUACCUUUGGGAACAAUUGGAUCAAUUCUGAUGUGUGUUCCUCCGACCAUAUUAAUUUGUGUAGUGUUGGCUCUUUCUUCACUCAAAGUGAUGGUUGUAAGCCUCAUUGCCGUUGUUAUUGGGCUUGUUAUGCAGCCUUGUCUCAAGCAUGUUGAAAAAAAGGGAUGGAUUAAGUUCUCCAAAAAUUCCGAUCUCCCAGAUCUUCACGGUGCUGCUCAUGGGAAUACUGAAUCCUUAAUUGAUUAGUAAUACCGGUUCUCUUUGUAUAUGAAAGCAUCAUACUAAACAGUGUGAGCUGUCAACACAAGAAUCAAUGUCUCAAUGAACGACAAGAAUUGUAUGGUGUCUCUUGUAUCUCAUCAAGCUAUUUGCCUUGUUUAGAUGUCUAUUGGUAUGUGGUAAAUGGCUGUUUACCAUCUCUGUCUUACCCUGAUUGGCAUCAGAGCUCGAGUCUGUGGAGAACCGAAGAAAAUAAGCAUGUUCUUAUUGACUGAUUCAAAUGUUAG